AUGCCCGGGAGAAGGCACCGCCACUUCCGGAGGACCCGGCGGCGGUCCAUCUCCCGCUCCACGCGCGCGGAGCUGCACUUCCCAGUCAGCCGCGUGGACCGCCUGCUGCGCGAGGGCCACUACGCGCACCGCCUCAGCUCUGCCACACCCGUGUUCCUGGCCGGCGUGCUGGAGUACCUGACGUCCAACAUCCUGGAGCUGGCCAGCGAGGAGGCACAGAGCCACCACCGGAUGCGCAUCACGCCGGAGCACGUGGAGAAGGCCGUGGACAACGACCAGCAGCUCAGCCUCCUCUUUGAAGACGACACCCACCUGGAGAUGCCCCCGCAUCACGGGAAGUGA